GAGAUAGAUGAGAAACACGAGAGAGUCCCUCCAUCUUUAAAGAAAAGCCAAAGCCCACGCGAAAGAAGAGAAGAGCAAGGAAACAAGGAACCAGAAUAAGAGGCCUGCCUCUCUCUUUCUCUGUCUCUCUUUGGACUGAUUCGAUUUGAUCGCAUCUCCUUCUAUUUCUCUCUCUCUCUCUCCCAUAUGCUUUGAAAAAAGCAUAUAGCAUAGCAAUCAAGGCAGGCGAAACAAAGUAAAAGUUUCUUAGGUGGAAACAAAGUGUGGGUCAGUAAUGGUCAUGUUGGUGGUUUCUUCUUCUCAGACAUAAAAAAAAAAAAAAAAAAACUCAUUCAACUCCGCAAUUUUUUCUCUUUAAACUCCGAAUCCCUCUCUAGUCUCUCUCUCAAGAAUCAAAAGUUUCUUUCUUUUCCCUAUAUACAAGACAUUUGUCUAAUUCUUUUCAUUUUCUUGAUAUUUCCUUUGGUUAGGUUAUAUAGUCCUCCAUAGUUUGGGGCAUCUUCUUCUCCUGAUUCAUGCUGUUCAUGUGUUAGCCUUAAUUAGGCCUUCCCUUUCUCACCACCCUCUUUACCAAUUAAGAGCCAAAUCACAAUCUCUCUUCAUUGCUAUCACAAUUCUUGUUUGCAUAUCUUCAACUUGACACCCUUUUCUCCAUAUAUUUACCUUUCUGUUUCGAUCAUAUAACCUUCAUUUUUAAAUGGCCGUUCAAGCUCAAUAUCCAUCAAAUGUUCUCCUUUUAAACAGAAGCGUACAAGAACGAAAGAAUCCACUUAGCAAUGAUGAUUACUCGUCGCAACCUCAACCUGGUGGAGCAUCAAUUCUUGAUCACACACAAAUGCUAUUCAAUCCAGGAGCUGGCUCCAAUCAUUCCUGUAAAAGAAGAAGAGAAAUUACCGCCCACACCACUAGUGCAACGGCAGCAGCAAUGAAUCCAUUAAUCUCAUCAAUGCAAUCUCAGCCGCAGCAGCAGCUCAUUGACUUAACUCAGCUCCAUACGCAUCAACUAAAUGUUGUCUCAACCGGCCUCCGUUUAGCUUCCGGCCAACAGCUACAACAACACCAGCAACAACAUCAGCAUCAACAAAAACAACAUCAUUCUCUUUCUCCUCAAUCUUCUCAAUCAUCAACCUUCUAUUCAAUAUUAACAGAAGACUUUUCCACAAUUAUCAAACAGCAGCGCGACGAAAUUGAACAUAUCCUCCAUGUUCAGAGAGAACAAUUGAGGCGGACAUUAGAGGAGAAAAGGCGUACACACUAUCGUGCGCUGCUCGGGGCCGUCGAGGAAACGAUGGCACGCCAACUUAAGGAGAAGGAAGCCGAGGUGGAGAAAGCGGUUCGGCGCAACGCGGAGUUAGAGGCGCGUGCAGCGCAGCUAAGUGCGGAGGCGCAGGCGUGGCAGGCAAGGGCGAAAGCGGAGGAAUUCACGGCGGCCACGCUGCAGGCACAGCUACAGCAGGCGAUGAUCAAUAACGGCGCCGGAGGGUGCAAUGCGCACCUCCCGGAGAGUGAUGGCGGCGAAGCGGAAGAUGCUGAGUCGGUCUACGUUGACCCCGACCGAGUCGUUGAGUCAACCGGGCCGAGUUGCAAGGGUUGCCGGAAGCGAGUUGCGUCGGUGGUGCUUUUGCCGUGUCGGCAUUUGUGUGUUUGUACGGAUUGUGAUGCUGCGCUUCAAGCUUGUCCACUCUGUCUCUGCAUUAGAACAACAAGCGUUGAGGUCUUUCUGUGUUAGGGAGCCCAAUUCUUGGCCCACGUUCUUUGCAGCCCAGGCCCAUGGAUUCCAACUUAAAUGGAGUAAAAGUGAAAUUAAGAAAAGAAAACAUAAAAACUAAAUAAUGAAAUAUAUUCAUCAUACAUUUCUUUCUUCAAAAGUUUCUUCUUUUCUUUUACUCUUCGACUUGCUUUUUUUUCUUUUGGCUCCAUUUUGAGGACACAAACCUUUGUUCUUUAUUCUUUUUUCUUCUUGAAGUGAAAAAAACUUGGAGAUGUUGUUCAUUGUGAAAUGGAGAGGCAUUGCCUUUUCUGUUCUUUUUUGUCCUUUUUUAUAAUUUCAAUUUAUUUCCAAAAGUCUUUUAUUUGCUGUCUCAUAGAACUAUAAAACUAGUUUUCCUUAACUAAUGUUAUGAAAAUUACUACACUACAUUGUUGUC